AUGCGUUUCUUCGCCACCAUCGCCACGGCACUUCUUGCCACUGUUGUCGCUGCUCAGAACAAUGCCAUCAGCAUUCCUGAAGGCUCCAGCACUCUAGAGGUGGCCGCUGGUCAACCUCUCACCAUUGACUGGACCAACCCUUCAUCCGGCACAAUCACCAUCAAGCUGGUCCAACAACCCAUCACCCCUGACAGCGGUGUUGUUUUAGCCUCCGGUAUCCCAGCUUCCAUUGGAAGUGCCACCCUCCAGAUUCCCGAUGCCGCCGAUGUGAACUCGUUCCAGUAUACCAUCGAGAUCAUCGAUGACACAAACACCUCGAACAUCAACUUCUCUCCCAACUUUGGCAUCACAGGUGCAACUGGCACUGCUACCGGUUCCGCCUCGACCGCAUCCGUGACUGGAAGCACCGCCAGCACAGGUUCCAACACUGCAAGCUCCACCGGCACUGCCACCGAGUCAACCGACUCCUCAGCCGCUACCACCACCGAUUCCACCUCAUCUGGCAGCACCCGAUCUGCCACCACAUCUGGCUCAUCCACCAGCACCCGUGCAAGCUCUUCGACGACUGCCUCCGCUGCUUCUCAAACCACCUCCGCACCUACCGGUAACGCCGCUGUGGCCAUGAAGGUCCAGGGCGGUGUCUUCGCCGUGGCUGUCGGUGUUGUUGUUGCUGUCUUGUAA